AUUAAAAGCUGAGUCUGUUAUUAAUACUAUAGAAUUUUAGAUUUAGCUGAAAGUAAAUAACAAUCAAUGGCUAGUCUUGGAAGUGUUAAAAACCCAGUAAAUGUCCGUUCUUUCUCUAAUUUCUAUGUAACAAUCCAUGGCAAAUAUCAUCAGCAACAGGUCCUUUUACUUAAUAGCGCUCAUUCAUCAACCAAACCAAUAACAGAAGACUCCAAAUGUGACAUGAUCGGACCUCCUGACCCUGUAUCUAAUUUGAGACCAAUCAAAUUUCAUAUCCCGGCCAAUGAGACGUCAAUAGAGAAAAGGUUAAGGUUGAAACGACAGGAAGUUCAACAGUGGAAUCAAGACUUUUGGGCGUCACACAAUUCAAAAUUUGUCAAGGAGAGAAAGGAGUUCAUGGCUACCAACCAAUCAGAGUCUAGUGAACAGAUGUCGGCAGAUGAGAUGUCAGUGUUCUACAAGGCAUUCCUGGACAAGAACUGGCGAACACAUCUCGACUACAACGUGGAGUGGUACAAGAAAAACGCUUUCCUUGUCCUGUUGCACAUUCAAGUCAAACUGUCUCGGCUAAGAAACACACUCAGCGGAAAAUGAAGCUCACCAAAGUUUAGUGUUUAGUUGCAAUUAAAUGUGAUAUUACAA